AUGCCAUCUAGAGAGUCCUACGAGGUUCACAAGGAAGAAAAGUCCCUGGUGCAGAAGGCCAAGCGAGAGGCCAGUCAGGAGGAUAUUCUGGUGGCAGCUCUUGGGAUGAGGAUGGGGCCACAGAAACCUCCAGCCACUUUCUGGCAGCCACUUAAACUAUUUGCCUAUUCACAGCUCACCUCACUGGUUCGCAGAGCCACGCUGAAGGAGAACGAGCGGACACCCAAAUCUGAGAAAGUCCACAACUUCAAGGUCCAUACCUUCCGAGGGCCUCACUGGUGUGAACACUGUGCCAGCUUCAUGUGGGGACUGAUGGCUCAGGGGGUCAAAUGUGCAGAUUGCGGUUUAAACGUCCACAAACAAUGUUCAUCUCUGGUGCCCAACGACUGCAAACCAGACCUGAGACACAUCCGUAAAGUCUACAGCUGUGACCUCACGACCCUGGUGAAAGCUUACAACACAGCGCGGCCCAUGGUGGUGGACAUGUGCAUACGAGAGAUCGAGUCUAGAGGACUGAAGUCUGAAGGCCUCUACAGAAUAUCUGGCUUCAGUGAUUUGUUGGAAGAAGUCAAGAUGUCGUUUGACAAAGAUGGCGAGAAGACAGACAUCUCAGUGGAUGCCUAUGAAGACAUCAAUAUCAUCACGGGUGCACUGAAACUUUACCUCAGGGAUUUGCCUGUUCCCAUCAUCUCAUAUGAUGCUUACCCCAGGUUCAUCGAGGCUGCAAAGCUCACAGACCCAGAGAAGAAGCUGGAAGCUUUCAGUGAGGCUCUCGCUUUACUGCCGUCAUCACACAGUGAAACUUUAAAGUACCUCAUGGCGCACUUAAAAAGGGUGACACAGAAUGAGAAAUUCAACCUGAUGAACGCAGAGAACCUCGCCAUCAUUUUUGGACCCACCCUCAUGCGCGCACCAAACCUGGACGCCAUGACAUCACUCAAUGACAUCCGCCACCAGAGACAGGUGGUGGAGGUGCUCAUUAAAAAUGAAGAUGUGCUCUUCUAAACACAGAUCAGGACUUUUAUAGAACGGCUAUCUAAUCAUUCUUUUGUGUAAAGACUUGAAUGACUGUUUGUAUUACAUUGAUUGAUACAUUUUUUUAAAGCCCUUUGUAUGGACUAGU